GGGAGAACUGGCCUUCUUUACCCGAUGAGCCCCGCGCGCUGGCCGGAGGAAAGCCGGCUUGGGUUUGAACAAAUCAAAUCGAAGGAAAGAAACUGCCGGCUUUCAAAAUCCUCCUCCUCCGCCAUCAUCAGCUACAGUGCAGAGAGCAGGUGUAGGAGGCGCGAGUGACUAGGUACUCCGGGAGCGCGGUCUGACAGACAGACAGGCGGGCUGGGCACCGGGACGGCUGACCCCAGGGCAGCGACUCGACCGGACCUGACCUGACUAGAUUGGCGUCCGUCUAGCCCGACAGACGUGCGCGCUCGGCUCGCCCCGCGCGGCGGCGCCGCCUAUUCACGUUUGCAGAUCUCCAGCAGAGCCCACCAUUGUAGGCACCAUGGCCUCUGAAGACAUCGCCAAGCUGGCAGAGACUCUGGCUAAAACCCAGGUGGCUGGAGGACAGCUGAGUUUCAAGGGCAAGAGCCUCAAACUGAACACUGCUGAAGAUGCUAAAGACGUGAUUAAAGAGAUUGAAGACUUUGACGGCUUGGAAGCACUGCGCUUGGAGGGCAACACAGUGGGUGUGGAAGCAGCUCGGGUCAUCGCCAAGGCCUUAGAGAAGAAGUCAGAGUUGAAGCGAUGCCACUGGAGCGACAUGUUCACGGGGCGCCUGCGGUCUGAGAUCCCUCCGGCACUGAUCUCACUAGGGGAGGGACUCAUCACUGCUGGGGCCCAGCUGGUGGAGCUGGACCUAAGUGACAACGCAUUUGGGCCUGAUGGCGUCCGUGGAUUUGAGACUCUGCUCAAGAGCCCAGCAUGCUUCACCCUGCAGGAGCUCAAGCUCAACAACUGUGGCAUGGGCAUUGGUGGCGGCAAGAUCCUGGCCGCAGCUCUGACCGAGUGUCACCGCAAGUCCAGCGCCCAAGGCAAGCCACUAGCCUUGAAGGUCUUUGUGGCUGGCAGGAACCGGCUGGAGAACGACGGAGCCACUGCUUUGGCAGAAGCUUUUGGAAUCGUUGGGACCCUGAGGGAGGUCCACAUGCCACAGAACGGGAUCAACCACCCUGGCGUCAUGGCCCUGGCCCAGGCCUUUGCUAUCAACCCUCUGCUACGGGUCAUCAACCUCAACGACAACACCUUCACUGAGAAGGGCGCAGUGGCCAUGGCCGAGACCCUGAAGACCUUGCGGCAGGUGGAAGUGAUCAACUUUGGGGACUGCCUGGUGCGCUCCAAGGGUGCUGUAGCCAUUGCAGAUGCCAUGCGUGGGGCUCUGCCCAAGCUCAAGGAGCUAAACCUGUCAUUCUGUGAAAUCAAGCGAGAUGCUGCCCUGGCUGUGGCGGAGGCUGUGGCUGACAAAGCUGACCUGGAGAAGCUGGAUCUCAAUGGCAAUGCGCUGGGAGAGGAGGGUUGUGAGCAGCUCCAGGAGGUGCUAGACAGCUUCAACAUGGCCAAGGUGCUGGCAUCCCUCAGUGAUGAUGAGGGUGAAGAUGAGGAGGAUGAGGAUGAAGAGGAAGAAGAGGAGGAGGAGGAAGAGGAGGAGGAAGAGGAGGAGGAAGAGGAGGAGGAAGAGGAGGAAGAGGAGGAACCACAGCAAAGACAAGGGGAGGAACCAGCCACGCCCUCGAGGAAGAUUCUGAACUCCAGCACGGGGGAGCUGGCCCCAUCGCUGUCCUCCGCACAACCCACCGACAUCUCUACCUUCCUGGCCUUCCCAUCCCCCGAGAAGCUGCUGCACCUUGGGCCCAAGAGCUCAGUGCUGAUAGCUCAGCAGACUGACACAUCCGACCCAGAGAAGGUGGUCUCAGCCUUCCUGAAGGUGUCGUCAGUGUUCAAGGACGAAGCCACAGUGAGGACUGCAGUGCAGGAUGCAGUAGAUGCGCUCAUGAGGAAGGCCUUCAGUUCCUCAGCCUUCAAUGCCAACGCCUUCGUCACCGGGCUGCUGGUUCACAUGGGCCUGCUCAAGAGUGAAGAUAAGAUCAAGGCUGUCACCAACCUCUACGGCCCCUUGAUGGCGCUGAACCACAUGGUGCAGCAGGACUACUUCCCUAAGGCUCUUGCACCCCUGCUGCUGGCCUUCAUCACCAAGCUGCAGGUUUGCUUUGCCAUUAAACUCACCACCAUCUGAGGACAUUCUGCACUCUGUGCCGCAGCUGUCCCGCCUGCCCUGCUGUCCUGCCACCUCCUGGGCUGUGCUGAAGCCUGGGCUGUUGCUGUCCGUGUGUUCUGCUGUCUCUAUGUUACGUUGUGAUGUCUUCUACCUGGCCUGGUCCUGCAGUGAUUGCUGUCCCCGCUGUUUAAUCCUGUUGUGCGCACCUCAAGGCCUAAGAAGCAGAGGCUCAGGGUGGAGUUGUCACAGAGGGCAGGACCCCAGCCCCUGCUCAUGUGGACCAGAAGAGACACCAGGGGCACCACCAGGUGGUCCAGGAGGAGCAGGACCUGGGGCUGUGCUGGCUCCUGCGGCCAGUGAGGGCCAAGCCAGAGGGGCGGGCACUGUGCCAGGCCCAGACCUGUUCUGCACAGGAAGGUGGAGCCGGUGCUCUGAUGCCUGGGCUGCAUCUGGGGUGCUCUUAAUCCCCUGGGGCAGGGAGGGUGGGGUGGGGCUGGACACCCCCGUGACUGCCUCAUGCUUCCCGUGUGCUCUCUGUGUCUGGGCUGUGCCUGGCAGCUUCACAAAUAAAGUCAGCUAUGACGGCUGGGGCGACCACGAAGCU